AAUGGAGUCCCCUGAAAAUGAGCUGCUGUACCUCAAGGAGAACCCCAAAGCUAUCUUUUUUACAGACUUUGAUGGAACUAUUACUCUGAAAGACUGCAAUGACUACCUGGUACUAUGUCGACCCCAAUAUCCAAUCUCCGUAGCUUACCAGGUGUGAAGGUGGAUAACUUUGGGUUUGGGAUGGAAAUGCGACGUAAACUGGAGAUAGAAGUCAUGAAAGGAAAUAUGGCUUUCAGAGAUGCAUUCCACGCCAUGCUCCAGAGUGUACAGAUGCCGUUAGCGGAUUGUCUGCGAAUUGUACAGGAUAAUAUUCAGCUUGAUCCACACUUCCUGGAUUUCUAUUAUUGGGCAAAACGGUGUAAUAUCCCGAUAGUUGUCCUCUCCUCUGGGAUGACCCCUUUCAUAACCAUGUUGCUGGAAUCCGUUCUGGGCAGCAAUCCAGAAAAUAUAUACGUUGUUGCCAAUGACGUUGAGCCUCACAGCUUCGGGGACAAGACGACUGGGAGUGGAUGGCGGAUUAAAUACCGUGACGACAGCGCCUUUGGUCAUGAUAAAUCACUCGAGAUCAAGCCGUACUUUGGGCUACCCAGCGGAAAUUGCCCUCUACUUUUUUACGCUGGAGAUGGCGUCUCGGAUUUAUCUGCCGCAUCGCAAACUCACGUUCUUUUUGCAAAGGAGGGUUUGGACCUAGUGGAUCAUUGCAGGGAAAGGGGAAUUCCGUUUAUCCCCUUCGACAACUGGAGCUCUAUUCUUGACACGAUGCAAGGUAUUUACGAAGGUCUGUCUAGGGCAGGAAUCACGGGUUAUUCCAACGUUGUAUAAUAAUCUAGCAGACUCCGUGACCUGAUACGCUGAAGGGCAAGCCGCU